GCUGUAUUCCUGUCUCUAUCCGGUUAAACAGCUGGGUCUCUGCACGGAGAGAGACAAACGUGAUUCUGCUCUGCUGUGUGUGUGACAGAGGCGACAUGUCGAGGAUAAAAAAUAUUGGGAUUAUUGCUUUUCUAAUGCCUUCGCUUUAGAAGGCAUUACAUAAGAAAAUAAAAAGGAUGAGAUGAGGCCUACGAAGACGAGACAUCCACAUCGCCACAUGAAAUGAUGAGCGCCAAUUCGAAUCAAACACGCAAGGACUGGGGAUUGCCAUUUAUGAAGGAGGUGCAGAAUUUCAUUAACAUAUGGAGCUUUUGUUAACGAUUUGUUUUUCGUUGGUCUGUUUUAGCCCAGAAUACCAUCGAAAAACUGCCGUUAUGUUUCAUCUCUGGGGAUAAGACGAGAAAGCUGAGCCUUGACCUUAUUCAGACUGCCUUCCAUUGGCUCUGGAGGAGGUGGGCUGAAUCAUCCUGACUUGAGAGGUUCUGUCUUACAUCAACAAGCUAUGGAGUGGAACCUCUUGCUCAAGCGGCUCAAGGUCGAGGUACAUCUAAGGACAUUUGACCAGUAGGGUCUACCAACUCCUGAUUCCUGUUCCUCUCGUUCUGAGAAUUAUUGUAGAUCACAAUAAUUGUUUUGCUGAGAUGAGUAGACAAGGGGGUAUGAUACUGGGAUAGAAUGCUUUACACCAGAGCUCUGUAUAUGUUUGGAGCCAGCGGCAGGCUGAGAUAAAGAGGGGAUCGAUGGCCAAGCCCCUCUACAGACUGCAGCGUUUCCUCCGAAGGGCUCAGCUGUUCCUGCUUUUCCUGGGUGUGGCCUACAUCAUGGCUGGGAGCGUCCUGCUGCUCCAACGGGCCAGCCUGGUGGUGACCCAGCGAGGGGCCACCAGCCCUCCACUGCCCUCCCUGCCCUCCAUACCCUCACCACCCCGGGCCGUGGAGCUGGGGAUGCCACCCGUGAGGGUAGGAGGCUACGGGGGCAGGAGCUCACGGAUCAUGGCCAGGGGGCAGGGGUACCAGCCUGGGAGCCUGUUGGACAACAGGACUGGAGCACGCUGGCUCAUGUCGAGGAAUCUGGAGAUCCGACACCUGCGGCGGCGCUGGUUCCACAGCCUGAUGACGGAGAAGGAUAUGUCACAGGUGGAGAGGAGCACCCCCAGGAGGAAUGUGCCUCACAAAGGUUCUUACAUAGGCUGCUUUCUGGAUAAUUCCAAGGAGCGGGCUUUAAGGGGGUCUGUAUUUACUGAUUUCCGCAAAAUGACCAGCACCAUGUGCCAGGAUACCUGCUCAGCGAGUGGCUACCAGUUUGCUGGUCUGGAGUAUGGGUCGGAGUGUUACUGUGGCAACCACAUCACCAGCCUACGUGUGAGAGACAAGGAAUGUAACUUGGACUGUAAAGGGGAGAAAGGCUCGCUCUGUGGCGGUGUUGGGCGCCUGUCAGUAUUCACGGUGGAGGAUAUGCUUCCAGGCCAGAGGAGAUACAGGAACGUGCGAUACCGCGGCUGCUUCAGGGAGCCUGAGAACAGCUCCUCUACAUCUCUGGUCCAUGUGCUCCAGCUCAACCUCACCUCCCAGUCCUGCAUAGAGGCCUGCAUGAACAAGGAGUUUCCACUGGCUAUGCUGAGGAGUCCGGACUGUUUCUGUGGUUACGCUACUCCUGACUUCACUCUCCAUGAGCCGGCUGAGGAGGAGCACUGUUCACAGAGCAACACCACUGAAGCUUCCUUACCAUCAACCCUCCAGCACUUCUACCAGGUCUACCAGACACCUGUCCAAGACUCCAGAUGCACAGAGAAGAAUUUCCUACCAGAGAAGUCCAGUUCAUUGGUAGCGCUUUCCAGCUUCCCAGGAGCAGGCAACACCUGGGUCAGACACCUCAUAGAGUUGGCCACAGGAUACUACACAGGCAGCUACUACUUCGAUGGGACCCUUUACAACAGAGGCUUCAAAGGCGAGAAGGAUUACUGGAAGAGUGGUCGGACCAUUUGUGUGAAAACACAUGAAAGUGGGAGGAGAGAGAUAGAGAUGUAUGACUCUGUCAUCCUGCUGAUCAGGAGCCCGUACCGUUCCCUCAUGGCUGAGUUCAACAGGAAGUGUGCAGGACAUCUGGGAUACGCCUCUGAUCAGCACUGGAAGACCAAAGAGUGGCCUGAGUUUGUGAGCAGCUACGCCUCCUGGUGGGCAUCCCACGUACUGGACUGGCUGCGGUUCGGCCAACGGGUCCUAGUGGUCCACUUCGAGGAACUCCAGACAGCGCUGGUGCCCCGACUACGAUCCAUCGCCUCCUUCCUCAACACCACAGUGACCGAGGACAGACUGCUGUGUGCCGAGAGCAACCAGGAUGGACACUUUAAACGCUCCGGGGCCCGGCAGCCCACCUUCGACCCCUUCACACCCGACAUGAGAGGACUGAUAGACGGGCUGAUCCGUGCUGUGGACCAGGCUCUCCGGGACAGCAACCACACAGGUCUUCCACUGGAGUAUCUGCCCAGAUGAUGGACCGCUAAACUCUGAUAACCCUGAUCUCUACCUUGUCCACUACCCUGUCCCUCCUCAGUUUUCACUGCCUUAAAGCUGUGGUGGCACGGAUGGAUGGAUACCCCCAAUCCAACUCAAGAGAAAGCGUUUCAAAUCAGGAACGUGCCCUGCAAAGGAAACAUAGAGGCUAUUCUCACAAAGCACUUUUUAUGCUUUAGAAACGCUGGUUUAUUAAAGCUCUGUUUUUCUGUUUUAGAUGUGUUUUGGUUUUUGGGACAUUGCCUUAUUGGAGGUAAACUGAUAAGUGUACCAAACAACGGAAACAGUUUCCUCUGUUUUAAAUCAACUCAAAAUAAACUGUAGGCUA